AUGCAUUCCUUGUUGCUGCAGCACGACAUUGCUUCGCCCGAGCGUUCGCUUCCAUCAAGCCCACUUCUCUCCCCAGCUGUUGUCACCCAUACCAAUGCCUUGCACUCAAGCCAUGGAUCCAAUUCUUCAAAAGAUAUGGCUGAUCUCACAAGAUUGCUCCAAAAAGUCGGCUCAUCUCGGUCAAAACAUGCUUAUCCUGCUGCUGUAAAACCAACAUCGCCACCAACAUCAUCCACUGCUUCAUCUUCAACAUCAUCAUCUACAUCGUCUUCAUCAUUUUCGCAACCAUCCACUGCUCCUUCAUCUGUUCCUCAUCCUCGCCAUUCACCCGUUAUCCCAACACCAAUGCCACAACAAGCUCAUUAUCAAAGACCCCAAUUGCUUCAUCGCUCAGCAUGCUCAAAUUUGCCAGCACAAUUCGUAUUCAAAAAGCCAGAGUACGAUGAAGAAUAUCAACGCACCCAUUUCCACCAUCUCGCUACUGAUUCCAAGGAUUCCUUCUUGGGCUGGUCUGAUCUACGACGCUUUUUUGUCUCUGAUAAUAGCCCUACUACUAUCAAUGCACCUUCAAGCAGCAACGAUAGUGGUUGCCAUGGACGAGUUUUGGAGGCGGAUGUCAUUGGCAACCAAUUUCGUCAUGACAUUGAAGGUCGUUAUGGUCGCUGGGGCCGCUAUAUUGGUAAAGGUGCCGGUGGUUGUGUACGGUUGAUACAUCGGUCGGCCGAUAGCAAACCUGUGGCAGUUAAGCAAUUCCGUAAACAGCUUCCACAUGAAUCCGACAAGGAUUACAUCAAAAAAGUAACGGCCGAAUUCUGCAUUGGGUCGACCCUGCAGCAUCCCAAUGUGAUUCAAACACUCGAUAUCAUUCAAGAUGGGCCCAAUUUUUACGAGAUCAUGGAGUAUGCACCCAACGACAUGUUCAACAUUGUCAUGAGUGGCAUGAUGUCUCGUGAGGAAAUUGGUUGCUGUUGGCGCCAAAUGUUACAAGGUCUCGAAUACCUCCACAGCAUGGGCAUUGCUCAUCGUGACCUCAAGCUUGAUAAUCUUGUUCUUGACCACCAAGGCAUACUCAAGAUCAUUGAUUUUGGAUGCUCAUGCGUAUUCAAGUAUCCUUUUGAAAAAACCACCGUUCGCUCCAAAGGUAUCUAUGGCUCUGAACCAUACAUUGCUCCAGAACAGUACACCCAAACAACCUACGACCCUGUAAAAUCAGAUGUUUGGUCGUGUGGCAUCAUCCUCUUUUGCAUGAUCAUUCAACGUUUUCCAUGGCAAGUGCCACGUAUGUCGAAUCCUGCUUUUCGUGCUUUUGCAACCAAUCCUACACAACAGCAAUUUCGCAUCCUUCGUAUGUUGCCACGUGAGACACGUUCCAUCAUGGCAUCUUUGCUUGAGCUCGAUCCUUCAAGAAGGCCAUCGGUCAAGGCUAUCCUUAACAAUGACGCUUGGGUCAAGAAUAUUGAUGUAUGUACAAUCGACACCCCUGGUGCUCACCAUGUGCAUCAUGUUCAGGAGGCAUCAAGUUGCACAAACGAGCGCGGCAAUCUUGUCAUCAUGACCUCUGAACCACCUGGCUAUGUUGCUGAAAAGGAACGCCGAAAACAACGGAUGAGAGCAUCCGUUUCACCACCACCACCAUCACCUUCAACUUCCAGAAAAUCAUCACCUGGUUGUUCCACCCAAUUGCUCAAGGUGGCAUAA